CUCGAUUGCGGAAUGCUCUCCCUGGUGCGCCGCCGCCGGCUCCUCGCCGCCCGCUUCUCCACGCUGCCGGAGGCCGCACCGCCCGCCCCUCUCGACGCGGCGGCGGUGCAGGAGACGCUCACGCUCUACACCAACGACUGGCGCCGCGCGCUCGACUUCUUCCACUGGUCCGCCUCCCCCGGCGGCGGCAACCUGCGGCCGACCCCGUCGACCCUCUCCCGCGCCGUCGACAUCCUCGGCAAGCACUUCGAGUUCCCGCAGGCCACCGCCCUGCUCCUCGCGCACCACGACCCCUCGGACCCCGCCUUCCUCCGCCCCGCCCUCCGCGCGCUCCUCAACCGCCUCGCCGCCGCCAACCUCGUCGACGACGCCGUGCGGGCCUUCGAGUCCACCGCCGCCUCCGUCGGCCUGCGGGACGAGGCCUCCUUCCACCUCCUCGUCGACGCGCUCUGCGACCACCGCCGCGUCGACGAGGCCCACCACCUCUGCCUCGGCGGCAGGGCGGCGGGGCCGCCGCCCUUCCCGCCCGGGACCAAGACCCACAACCUGCUCCUCCGCGGCUGGGCCAAGGCGCGCGCCUGGGCGCGCCUCCGCCAGCACUGGCUCGACAUGGACGCCCGCGGCGUCGCCAAGGACCUCCACUCCUACUCCAUCUACAUGGACGCCCUCGCCAAGUCAGGGAAGCCCUGGAAGGCCGUCAAGCUGUUCAAGGAGAUGAAGCAGAAGCGCCUUCCGGUGGACAUCGUCGCCUACAACACCGCGAUCCACGCCGUCGGGCUCGCGGAGGGCGUCGAUUUCGCCGUCCGGAUGUACAGGCAGAUGGUUGAGGCCGGUUGCAGGCCGAAUACCGCCACUUUCAACACGAUCGUCAAGCUGCUGUGCAAGGAAGGGAGGUUCAAGGAAGGCUAUGCGUUUGUGCAGCAGAUGCACAAGGCCGGGUGCGAGCCCAAUGAGCUCACUUAUCAUUGCUUCUUCCAGUACCUGAGCCGCCCGCAGGAGGUCCUUGCGCUGUUUGAGAAAAUGCUCCAGAGGGGCUGCCGGCCAAGGAUGGACACAUACGUCAUGCUCAUCAAGAGGUUUGGGCGCUGGGGUUUCCUUCGUCCGGUGUUCUUUGUGUGGAAGACAAUGGAAGAGCAAGGGCUCACCCCGGAUGCAUUUGCAUACAACACACUCAUUGAUGCAUUGCUGGAAAAGGGAAUGGUGGAUUUGGCUAGGAAGUAUGACAAGGAGAUGCUCGCAAAGGGCCUCUCACCCAAGCCAAGGAAAGAGCUAGGGACUAAAAUGCCAGGAUCGGAGUCUGACAGUGAUAAUGCAUUAAGUGGCGUGAUCUGAAUUCUGGCAGCCAGACAGCAAAACUGAUAUUAGAAUGUUCCUCUACACACUGGUUGUCAUUGGAUUAGAGUGUGACUGAAAUAAUGGUGUAAUGAUGAGGCUUUGUGUUGAUGGAGAUCUAAUGUGUGCUUGUGCACUUGGCACUGAAGGAAAAUAGAAUGGGCAAUGUUGCAUUUCCUGUCAACUUUCAUGCAGCUGUUCCCUUGAAAAACAUGUGGAAGUGGGGUGCACACAAUGUGCUUGCUGAUGUGUUGCUCGAAAGCCUCUUGGGCUGUUGCCCAAGUUGUUGAAGGACCUGUGUGCUGAGUCGGGCUGUUAGCCUGCUUGAACGUUUCAACACUGAAUGGCAUAUUCUAAGAGCUGGAAAGGAAGAUCAGCACUACAGGUUUAGAUGAGUCCCUUUGCUCCGUACUUUUACCAUAUGAUCAUUCUGACCACCUGAAGCUUUGAUGCCUUUCAAGGCAAAUAGCCUUGUCUUGAAUGGAAAUUACAUUGAAGUGAAAUGAAACCAGUUAUAGUGGUCUUUCUCAUAUUCUCACUGGGUUGUUCUCUGAGGAAAUCAUGGUCCAUGUAAGUAUGCGCAGGAAAUCUCGUGUCAUGAUAAAAGCUUAGAAUAGCAGCAUACCAUGUCCGGAAGCUUCAUGAUCUGUUUAUACAAAUUACAGAGCACUGGGCCCUUCAGGUUUUCUGAUGAAGAAAAGGAAAACUAGACUUAUUUAAACCUCGGAAAACCUGUGACUGGAGUUUGGUAUCACCUGCAACAUUUUUUUUUCUCGGCGCGGGUUACAAUUGUCUAGUGUUUUAUGUGGCGUUGGAGCAGGGUGAGUGAGUCACUGAAGUUGCACUUGCAAACGGAGGGAUGAAUGACGAAUGAUGGUUCUCAAGUAACGAAGCUGCAGCCUCCGUGACAAGAUAAUAUAUGCAUGUUUUACCAGCUUCCUGUUCCUGGCCUGUAAUAUAUACUACUACUUGGAAGCAUGUGAUCAAAAUGCAGAAAGAAAAACCCCCGUGACCGUAGCCUGGCAUGGGCUAUCUUUAGGACCUCUUUCUGUAUUGCUCAUUAGAUACUCUCAAACGGUGACGCUUGUAGUACCUACCUACCUUCCAAUCUGAAC